AUGUUAAGUCAUCCCCACACCGAAGCAGAGUCUCCCGUACAGUUGGCGUCACAUGUAACAGAUCAUUCGACGUCUUCGGCUCCUCCCUCGGAGUGUAGCUACUUCCCUUACACCACCCAGUGGCCCAACUCAAACUUCAGCAAGCGGAGACUUUGCCCCCAGAGGCAGCAGUUGACUGGGUUGUUUUGUGCAUUAAUGGUAGUCUUUCUGUUUGGGGGUUACUUCUGCCGUCUGAAGAGCCGCAGUGGCCACAAGGCAAUGCUGGCGGCCAGGCGGCUGGCAGGAGCAGAUGAAGCAAAUCAACUGCAUUCGCUCGAAGAAGGCUUUGUCUCGAACUUGUGCAAAUUCACUAAUGAGUUAGUUGGCGAUGAACCACUCGCCAAGGCUACGGAUCAGCCUUCAGUUUCAACGGAGUCAGCAGAGGUGCAGACUGGGGAGCCCAGUGGAAAAAGGAAAAGAAAAGCAAGGCAUAUUCAGCAGCACGGGGACAAGGCGACCGAAAUUUUACAGGGAUUGAGUGAAGAUUUGACGGAACAUGUGGCAUCAUCAGCGGAGUUGUGGGCGCCUUUUCCCGAAUAUUCAACUGAUGAAGCGGAGGCCCAAGAACAACUCGCGAAAAGGGCGAGAAUUGCCGAGUGGUCAAUGGACCCCGUUGGGGAUAUAGAGCUGCUUUUGGAAGGUCAGCAGAACAUUUCACCCGGAGAAUUGCCUGCAAGUGAACAACUGGGCUUCGACACCGCAGACGUUCCAGAGAGUGUUACAGUGGUGGAUCCACAACCUGAAGGCCUUCCUACCGCAGAGGCAUUUCUGCCCGCUUAUCAGCUUCGAAAUGCAUCUGAAGGGUCAUCAUCAGGCAUAUACUUUUGGGAAACGGCAGCUGGGGUCUCUGCAGCACAUGGAGCUCCGGAUGAGGAGGAAUUGUUGGUUGGCGAAUCACAUGCAAGCUUUGACCGCCGCUCAUAUUCAUCGAAUCGUGCUAGCAACAUAUUGCCACAAGUGAUAAGCCAGCAUAUUCGCGCAGGAGGUAUUGUAGUACAUGCUUCGUUGCCUGUACCUUGGCAAAACUACGGGGAGCCGAGUCAGGCGCCUUUCGUUCAACACCAGCAGCUGAGCCACACAACUUACGGCGAAGCUCAGCUUAGCUACCCAUUAGCCCAUUCUUUCAUGAUUCCCACAGUGCAACUUGCAGCAGUAACCGGUACCCAGAAACAGCCUGCAGACACUCUGUUCCAAAGAAAGCAAAGCGUAGCAGACAUGCAAACCCCGUUGAACCAGGAAGAGUGGCUGAGCCGCCAUCCUUUUUACCGACUGCCAGAUCUCCUGCCAGGAGUGGAGGUAAGGAACUUUGACUGGAGACGCCCUCUGCUGUCUUCAGCGAUUGUCCGCCAUGUGCCACAGAGGCUUACGGAUUUUCAAAGAUUAAUAAACAAACAGGCGCUUUCUCAGGAAGACGUCGACCAGCUCACGCAUACUGUUUGGGAUCUCCUGAGGUUUGCAUCCUCCACUAAGUCCAGGAGUCUGGCGAAGCCCAUUGGCGAAUUGUUAGAACCGCUUUCACUAAGAUUCCUUAUAGCAGAUGCAUUGUGGUGUGCCUGUGAGCUAUUUGGGAAGUUAGCAGAGAAGGAGCGAUGGUGGGCAUUUGUGAUGGACUCGCUGACUGCACCGCCAUUGCAUUUGAAGGAGGCUGAACGGCAAUCUGGGAAGCCGGCCGAGUAUGUACUCCAGGUCUGUCAAGCGCUUUCCGUGUACCGGAGUGGAAAUCGACCUUCAGGGCAAGUGGUCGUGAAUCUCAAGAAAACGUUGUUUGGGCCGCCGCCAAUACAUCGUAAUUUCGGCCGAAUGGUAUGGGACUGGUGGAGACGAGAAGCGGGUCUGUUGGAACCGCCGCAGUGA